GGGGAAGUGUUGGUUUCCCAGCACAGGAGACGCCCUUCGGUCGGCUGUGGCAAGGACAGUGUUUUGGUGGCAGGCGCUGUGGGAAACGGAAAAGGAAAGCGAAUUCGAAAGCCGCGAUUCGGCCACUCUCCGCCUGCAGGUAUUUUGACUUUUGUGCCUCAAAACUCAGACUUCUUUCCCACAGCCGUCUUGCAUGACCGCCCCCUCCCCCCAACCCCGUCAGCGAAAAUGUGGAGGGCUUGGAAGCGCGUGAUGCGGGACUUCCCGGUCCAGAAGUGAAGAGAAACAGCCCCGGACCCUGACGCCAGCAAGGAGUUACCCUCGGCUGGUGCAUACAGGGCCUGGUGACAGACGCAGAGGGACUCUAACCACCAACUCAGUUUAAGAGCAAGCCAAGAAUGAAGGUUUUCUAUCUCCCAGCCUUUUGGAAAUUUCAGUGGUCAGAUGCCAGGAAUACAGAUGCAGAUGGGACAACCAGUUCCAGGAACAGGGCCAAACCUGCUCCCUGGUGGAUACCCAGCAUAUUCUGACAGUUAUUCCUCAGCGGGAGACCCCAUGUGGACAUACUUCACUGCUGUUGCUGGACAGGAUGGUGAAGUGGAUGCUGAGGAACUUCAGAAAUGUUUGACACAGUCUGGAAUUAAUGGAGCUUAUUCUCCCUUCAGCUUGGAAACCUGCAGAAUUAUGAUCGCCAUGUUGGAUAGAGAUUACACAGGAAAAAUGGGAUUUAAUGAAUUCAAGGAACUCUGGGCAGCUCUUAAUGCUUGGAAGCAAAACUUCAUAACUAUUGAUCAAGACCAGAGUGGCACAGUGGAACAUCAUGAAUUGAAUCAAGCCAUUGCUGCUAUGGGUUAUAGGUUGAGUCCUCAAACACUAACUGCUAUUGUCAAACGGUACAGCAAGAAUGGCCGAAUCUUCUUUGAUGAUUAUGUUGCUUGCUGUGUGAAGCUUCGAGCACUGACAGAUUUCUUUAGGAGAAGAGACCACUUACAACAAGGAGUUGUGAAUUUCAUAUAUGAUGAUUUUUUGCAGGGUACUAUGGCAAUUUGAAUGUCUAGAAUUCGAAAGCUGAAGAAAUACUGUGAAUUGUUUUAUCUGGAAGAAAUGAACUGGACUACUUUGAAUUUGAAGCUUUGGGGCUUUUCUGUGUUUCUGCCUAUUAAAUUUGUUCCCUUUCUAUGUGUUUUUACUUUAGUGCACAGUUCAAAGCAAUAAAAGAAAUGUUUUUGUAUUUGGAA